AUGUCCGAUCAGCAGUUGCCUUCUACGGACGCCUCGACGGGCUCGAACAAGCGCAAGCGCGAGAUGAUGGACGCCGGCGACGGGCAGCGUCUGACACGCUCGUCACACGGGCAGAACUCGAAUGGCAAUCUCCAGGGUGCAUACCAUCCUUUCGACCACGGCCUCCCCAACACAACCGAACUAUCCCAAAUCGACCAACAGCUCCUCCAACACGUCGGAAACCAAAAUGGCGUCUCCGUCUCCGUAGCCGACGACAACGCCAUGACCGCAAAGGCUGCUCUAGCCGCCCACGGCUCGGAGUCCAAAUACCCACCCCCCGGCCCUAGUUUCGAGAGCAACGCCGCAGCCCUUGCGCACGGCCUUACGUUUGGCCACGAUGACGUUAAUGUUAAUGUUGCCCAGGUGCCCAUGGGAAAUGUCAAUGUGCAUGGCCACUCGACUGCGGCCGCUGUCUAUGCGGCCAGGGAAGCGCAGAACAUCAAUCCAAAGCCGACAGUGGGAUCGGCGGAGUGGCACACCAUUCGGAAGAAUAAUCAUAAAGAGGUCGAACGCCGCCGCCGCGAAACAAUAAAUGAAGGAAUCAAUGAAAUCGCCAAGAUGGUCCCCGGCUGCGAAAAGGCCAAGGGCUCCAUCCUCCAGCGCGCCAUACACUACAUCAGCAAGUUGCAGGAGGAGACAAAGGACAUGGCUGCGCGGUGGGAUACGGCGAAUAUGACUACAAACCAUGCGCUGGCGGAGAUCGGUGCGCAAAACACGAAGUUAAAGGAGGAGGUGAAUCGGCGUGGCGAGGUGGCGGCGAAGUGGAUGAUGAGGUGUAAGGAGGCCGGGUUGGAGUUUGAGGAUUAUGAGGUUGAUGAGAAGGGGUUGGGCAUGGUGGAGGUUGAUGAUGGGCAGGGGGAGGCCGGGCAGGGGCAGCAGGUGCAGCAGCAGGAGGCCAUGUAG